AUGACGGCCCCUAUCUCGUUCACAGUUCGCCCGCCAGCAGCGUCGGCGCCAUAUCGCCCGUCACCGCUGGCGAAUGGCUCGCGGACGAACUCGAGGGCAGGUCCGCCGUCGAGGCGGCUGUUCGAGAAUGGCCAGGGGGAGUCGGAUGAUGAGGACGAGGACGGGCUCGACCGUCGAGUCAAGACGGAAACAUCAGACAGGGGAAGGGAUGAUCAGGGCUCGGGAUCUGGCAAUGGGCGAGCCUCGGGAUCAGGCGCCCAAAAGUCCUCUGCAUCACUCGUCAUUCCCGCCUUGCCCAACCGGAACUGGCGCGAGAACAGUAACCGCAAUGUGCCGUCCUUCCGUCCCGAGGCGCCCAAACGCGAGGCGAGCGAUAUGAUCACGCACGAGCGGAUAGGUGAUGGACCGGCCAAAGUCGGCCUGGAGCGGUUCGGGAAGAAGAGGGAGGCGGACGCGGAUGAGAAGGACGAGGACGGGGACGUCAAGAUGGAGGUGAAGCUAGAGGAGGGAGUAGCUACACCUUCAGGUGGAGCGUCCACCCAGGAUGAGCCUCAAGUCAAGAAGGAGCCUCUCUCGCUCGAGGAGCAAGCUCUUCAAGAGAUCCUCGCGGGCGAGGUCAAACAGGAAACGGCGGAGGACCGAGCCCAGCGCGAACUCGUCAUCGCGAUGCAGGACAACCGGGGCCGAGUCAUGUCGGAGACGGAAGCGCUUCAACAGGCCAUCAAAACCCUGCCGGCCGAAUCGACCCUCGAGGACUUUGAGGCGGUACCCAUCUCGGCCUUCGGCAUCGCCGCUUUGCGCGGAAUGGGCUGGGACCCCAAGUCGACCGAAAACGUCAAGGCGAGGGAGGUGCAGCGGCGCCCGCAGUUGCUCGGCCUGGGAGCUACGCCCAUGGCGGUGGAUAUGCCGUCCGGGAGCGGGAAGAGCCGGAAAGAGCUAGAGAGGGAGAAGGAGAAGCGGGAGAAGAAGAAGAGUAGGGAUGAAAAGACGGGAAGGGGGUUCUCUGCUGCGAGCCUGCUCCAGAAGAUCCCGAAUGGGAGCGGUUCGUCCACGCCGGUCAUCGGGAGUAGAGCCGGGAGCAUCGAGACGGGCACCGAUAGCGAUGGGAGCCGGCGGCGGCGGAGGGAGGACGAGGCGUCGUCAGGAAGGGAGAGUAAGAGGCGGGACGAUAGAGAUAGAGACGGGGACAGGUAUGAAACUGAAGCAGAGCGGGCGAGACGGAAAGCGAGAGAGCGGGAUGGUGGCGGGGAUCGCUAUGAGACGGAGGAGGAGCGGGCGAGGCGGAAAGCCAAAGAGAGGGAAAGGAAUGGGAACGGUGACAAGUAUGAGAGGUCAGACCGGGAUAGGGAUAGGCGGGAUAGAGAUAAUGGACGAGAUAGGCGAGAUAGGGAUAGCAAGGAUAGGGAUGGCGAUAGGGAGAGACGCCGCGAGCGAUACUAA